CAGUACCUGAAGUUGUUAGAAGUCGUGAAAUUUUCCCAUGGGGAUUGCCGCUCCGUCAUACGUAAAUGUUAAAACUAUUCUAUGGCGACGCCGUCUCCCAUUCUAGUUGAGCAGGAUUUUUGUUGUACUUGCAAACAUUAGUUAGUGCGGUUAUCGAAUCGAAGUUUCGUUGUUAUUAUUGCAUUGUGUUAUUUAAUAAUGUGAGGAUAAACACGGAAUAAGUGCAUAUAUAAAAACUGCAGAUAUGCACUGACGUUAAACAGAACUACAUUCCAAAAUGAGUGCCUUAAUUUUCAUCAUUCUCAUGACUGCUGUAAGUCAAGUUUACAGCGAUACACAAAUAUUCAGAUGCCAAAGCACUCAGUACUGCAAAUGCUUGGGCUUCACUUCAGGCGUAGAAGAUAUCUUAUGUUCUCAGGAUGGAGACUUACAAAAUCCUAUUUUUUUAAUGGAUGUCCGCUUCAAAGACUUUGUAAAGAUUCAAUGCCAAUCCAUAACAGAAUCUUCAAGCUACAAACUGCUUCCAAAUCUAGCUAUAGGUGAUCUGCAGUAUGUGAUGUUCAAAAUGUGCCCUUUACCUCAAGAUGAUUCCUUGCUGGAUAUCAUUAAAUCCAUAGGAAUCACUAAAUUCAAAAGACUGAGUUUUCAAACAUACAACAGGAAUUUGUCGAAUGAACUGGUGCGAAAGCAUCUUGCAGGUCUUACAGAUGUAAAUGAAAUCGUUUUAUCUAGUAAUGGGCUUACUAAUCUACCAGCAGAUCUGUUUUCUGAUUUAAAAAAUUUAACAUCUCUAGAUCUUCGCUCAAACAAUGUAAAACUUUCUCAAGGGGUGUUUGACGGUAUGUCAAAGCUGAAAUAUCUGGAGUUGGGUAAUAAUGAUAUUUAUGAUUUGCCUGAUGGUGUGUUCAAAAAUCUCUUUGAAUUGACACAGCUGAAUUUAUGGAAAAAUAGCUUGACCCAAAUAUCAAAUAAUGCAUUCGAAGGAUUAUCAAAUCUUAAAGCUUUAGAUUUGAGCUCAAAUAAGCUGCAAAUAUUAGAUGAAAGUAUAUUUCACAGUCUUCCCAAUUUAACUGUAUUAUACAUAACAUCAAAUAAUCUUUCCUUGUUACCAUCAAAAUUAUUUGAACAAAAUGUAAAUCUUACUACUGUAAAAUUUUCCUUUAAUAAGAAUCCAAAUAUGACUUUGGGUGAUUAUUUAUUUGCUAAUUUAAAAUAUCUUAGUAAUGUAAGUUUAGAUAGAUGCCAACUGACAUCACUUCCUGAUAAUCUAUUUAAAAAUUCUUCUAAUUUGACGAACAUUGAUAUGAGUUACAAUGGAUUAUCUUCAUUUACUGAACAGUUCUUCCAAGGUUUGGUUAAUUUAAAAGUUCUCAUGAUACAUCACAAUAAUCUCACGUUUAUACCAAAUAUGUUGUUUUCUAGUUUAAAUAGUCUUGAAAUCUUAGAUCUUAGUUAUAAUAACAUUGAUAAUAUAUCCGAAGAUUUAUUUAAUGGCCUUAAAAAUCUGAAAAAUCUUAACAUGGCCAAUAAUAAAUUACAACUGAUUGACUAUAAUGCAUUUAGUAGAACAAACAAUUUAGUUCAUAUUAAUUUAGCAAAUAAUCUUUUAUCAUUUAGUUCACCUACUUUUGAUGAUUCCUAUGGUUCCUAUUCUCCUUUCAAAAACCUUGUCAUGCUCAGCACCUUGAAUCUAUCCAACAAUUCAUUAACAAGCAUUUUUGCUGAUUGGAGACUGAGUUUACUAACUUUGAAGAAAUUGGAUUUAAGUUACAAUAACAUCAAAGAUGUGGCGUUCCAUGGUAAUCUCCACUUCUUGAGUAAUUCUAUUGAAGUUGAUCUGAGGCAUAAUAUGAUAUCACGAAUUGAUUUAGUAAAAGCUGAACAAAUGGCUGCACAACUGGGAAACUCUCAAAGUGAUGGUAAAGAUACUGUGAAGGUUUUGUUAGAUGACAAUCCUUUACAAUGUGAUUGCUCGAUCUACCAUUUUGUGAGGUAUCUUGAAGGAACACUUAAUCCAAAUGUGCACAAAAUGAUACAAUUAGAAGCUAAAAAUUUGUCAUGUGCUCAGCCACAACAAUUUGAAGGGGUACAAAUAAGCAAAGUGGAUCCUAAGUUAUUAGUUUGUCCACUCGAUCAUCCAAAAAGUGCAACUAAGCAUUGCCCAAAGGAGUGCAAAUGUGAAGUCAGAAUUUUUGACACUGCUUUGAUUGUUAAUUGUUCUUAUGCAGGUUUAGUGCAUGUUCCCCCACUUGUAAAUCUUAAUGCAAGCAAAUUGAAUUUUACUGAAUUGUAUAUUCAAGGCAAUCAUCUAAGUAGUCUUCCAAAUAUGAGCCUUGUAGGAUACACAUAUGUUAGAAAAAUCAAUGCUGAGUUCAAUAAUAUUUCAGAGCUAUCUUUAAGUAAUAUUCCACCUCAAAUAGAAGUUCUCGAAUUGGCUCACAACAAUUUAUCCUUUAUAAGUAAUUCGGUAUUUCAAGCUUUCAAAAAUAAAACAAGGACGAAAUUGACAUUAGGAUCCAAUCCAUGGAUGUGCAAUUGUUUAUCCAAAGAUUUAUUAUCAUACAUGCAAAGUAAUUACAAGACUGUGGAAGGUCUUCAAAAUAUAACUUGUUUUGGUAAAAAGUGGUCUGAUCUUUCCCUUGGAGAACUUUGUCCCUUUCACAAUACAGUGAUUGUGGCAGUAAGCGUAGUUGUUGCAAUAUUAGGAUUGUUGUUAGGAGCGGCAGCUGCAUUGUAUUACUAUUACCAGCAAGAGAUCAAAGUUUGGCUCUUUGCUCAUAAUAUGUGCCUCUGGUUUGUUACAGAAGAAGAACUUGACAAGGACAAACUAUUUGAUGCUUUUAUUUCAUAUUCUCAUAAAGAUGAAGAAUUUGUAACAGAUCAGUUAGUGCCUAAUUUAGAAGGCGGAGAGUAUCCUUUCAAGUUAUGCUUGCAUUACCGUGAUUGGAUAGCUGGGGAAUGGAUACCCACACAAAUUGCUCGAUCAGUUGAAGAUUCUAAGAGAACAGUAGUUAUAUUAUCAGCAAAUUUCUUAGAAAGUGUUUGGGGUAAAAUGGAGUUUAGAACAGCACACAACAAUGCUUUAACAGAAGGCAGAGCAAGAGUAAUAAUAAUUAUAUACGGGGAUAUUGGUCCUUUAGAUAGCCUUGAUGCUGAGUUAAAAGCAUACUUGUCUACUAAUACCUACUUAGAAUGGGGCGAUCCGUGGUUCUGGGACAAACUGAGAUAUGCCUUACCUCAUCCACCUAAAGUUAAAGGGAAAAGAUUAAAUAAUGCCAAUAUUCAAAACGGUCUUUUUGAUGAUAAAGUAGAUCUUAUUCAUCCUGUAGUUAAAAAUAAUGGAACAAAUUCACCAAUUAUGCAAAAUGGUGAUAUUAAAUUAAAUGGCAUAGUUAAUGGUGGAUUCUUCACUGGUGCAAUCAAUGGCAGUGCUAAACAAAGUGAUGUUUAAUAGAUUAAUUUAAUUAGAAUUAAGUGUUAGAGAUAUGACUGAUAUAUAUAGUGUCUUAUUGUGCUCAAUGAGCAUCAACAUAAUUUUUUAUUGCAAAUACUCAUGUGGACUGAACAAAUGUGAGAAUCAUUCCUAUCGACUGUGACUUAAUGAUCUGAUAAUUGAUAAUUGAUAAGUUUUAUAUGCAAUUUUACAUGUUAUGUACAUAUUUUAUAAGGUUUUAUUGUUAAUGAGAAAAUCACAUUUUUAGUGAAUUUAUUUUUAUAUAAAUAGCUAUA